AUGACACUUAGGUUGUGCUGUGAUCAAUCGUGUGAUGAAAAUCCAACCGUUCAAAGGGCGUUUCGGAAGGUUGGGAAAAGUCCCAAUUGUAAUUCGUUAUUUUUGUUGUUUCAUUUUGAAAGCAUCAGCCACAUUGUCAACAUGUUGGUAAAGGAUGGCAAUGGAAACCUAACGCCAGGAGCCAUGGUAGCUUCCGCGAACAUCGCCUUGUCAGUUGCUGUGUUCCUGCUAAACUCAGAUCGCAUUCAGAAAGCCAUUGAGAUAUGCAACGAAUGUUUGAUUUUGCUAAAUAACACCGAUCAAAACAGAAAAGACCAAUUUGACUCACUACAGCUACAAUUUUACGGCGCCUUCUAUGAAGUUCUUUUCAGCGCCUAUCGUCGUAUCUCUGACUACAUUAGUGCGGAAAGAUGCGGCAAGAAACUGCUUGUCUUAUACAGCGAGUCUGGUGACUUAGUGAAAGAAGGAAACGUAAGCAUAGCUCUAGCAGAGAUUGCCGAGAGUCUAAUAAAGUUUGCAAAUGCCAAACAACUUUAUGAAAAAGCGGUUAAAAUAAAGAGACAAAGUGGUGAUAAAAUUGGAGAAGCGAACGCCUGCACAAGACUCGGAACUAUGUUAUAUAAACUCGGCGAAAACCUAAAUGCAAAAGAAUAUCUUGAGAAGGCCCUUACCAUAACAACCAAAAUUGGCGACCAAAGAGGAAAAGCAUCCUGUUAUGAAAAACUAGGUAAUGUAUUUGGGUCUCUCGGGCAAUACGACAAGGCUAAAGAGUAUCUCCAAAAGGCCCUUCUCAUCAGAGCUAAAGAGUAUUUCGAGAAGGCGCUUGUUAUCACAACUAAAAUUGGCGACAGAAAUGGAGAAGCAUCUUGUCAUGGAAACCUAGGUAAUGUGUUUCGGUCGCUCAGGCAAUACGACAAGGCUAAAGAGUAUCUCCAAAAGGCGAUUGUCAUUAAAGCUGAGAUUGGCGACAGGAAAGGAGAAGCAUCAUGUUAUGGAAACCUAGGUACUGUGUUUCUUUCGCUCGGGCAAUACGACAAGGCUAAAGAGUAUCUCCAAAAGGCGCUUGUCAUCAAAACUGAAAUUAGUGAUAAGCGAGGUAAAGCAGUAGAUCUUGCAAACCUUGGAAGUGUGUUUAGAACUGUUGGAGAUUAUGAAGAUUCGGAAGUAUGCUUGAAGAAAGCUUUAUCCAUAUCGAGAGAUAUUGGUGAUAGAAAAAGCGAGUUCCAAAUCCUUAGAGAGUACGCCAUUUUGUAUCUAUUUCAAUGUAAAAUCGAAGACUCCCUUACGUGUCUUCGUCUUUGCAUAAACAUUUAUGAUGAGCUAAGAUAUUUCUUAGGCGCCAAUGAUGAGUUCAAAACAUCAUUUCUGGAGGACUCAGGAAUAUUUCCCUACAAGCUGCUUUGUAAUUUGCUUUGUGCCACCGGAAAUGUGCGGGAUGCUCUUUAUGUUGAGGAGUUAAGUCGAGCUAGAGGCCUAUCAGACUUGAUGGCAGAGAAGUACUCGCUUGAAACGCACAUUUCUGCUAAUCCACAAUCUUGGUUUAGCAUUGAGAACAUUUUUAGGAAGAAAAAUAACUGUACUUGUCUGUACAUUUCUUAUUUUCACAAUUGUCUGCAUUUGUGGAUCUUGAAAACAAGUGGAGUCCUUCACUAUAAAGCAAUAUCACUAGAAGAGUAUCUAGUUCAGGCUGGGUUGGCCAAAGAUUUGCCUCUGAGUAAAUUUUUGACUGAUAAUCUCCAGAGUCUUGGUAAUUUACCAAUUGAAGAUUGUGAAGAUCGGUCUUUAAAUAUGGUUGAAUUGCAACCUCUUUCCCCCGAGAAAAAGAGCUCAGCAAGAUUGCGACUCUUGGAGGAGGACGAGAAAGUCAUUUCAAGUCUAUCUUUGUGUUACAAAAUGUUUAUUGCCCCCGUUUAUGAUUUGCUUGAGGAGCCUGAAGUCAUUAUUGUCCCUGACCGCAGUUUGUACAAAGUUCCCUUUGCUGCCCUAAGUGAAACGGAGGGAGCCGAGUACCUGUCGGAGACUCAUAGGAUCCGUAUCAUUCCUUCUUUGACGACACUCAAGAUCAUUCAAGAUAGUCCAGAGGACUAUCACAGCAACACUGGUGCCUUGAUAAUAGGCAAUCCCAAGGUUCAUUGGCUGCUGCCAUUGCCAGGUGCAAGAAAGGAAGCCGAGAUGGUCGGACAACUGGUUGGUGUUUCGCCUCUGCUAGAAAAGGAAGCAACGAAGCAGGCGGUACUUGAGCGCAUAAGUUCAGUGAGCUUGAUACAUUUUGCUGCCCAUGGUAACGCCGAAAGGGGAGAAAUUGCCCUUUCCUCCAUUCCUAUUGCCAACAGUCGAAACGAUAUCCCACCAAAGGAGGCUUACAUGUUGACGAUGGCUGAUGUCUCACGAGUGAAAGUCAGAGCUAAACUGGUGGUACUUAGCUGCUGUCACAGUGGAAGUGGAGAGAUAAGAGCCGAGGGAAUUAUAGGAAUUGCCCGUGCAUUCUUAGGAUCCGGAGCUCGUUCGGUGUUGGUUGCGCUGUGGGCCAUUUCAGACAAAGCAACAGAGCAGCUGAUGAGUCGGUUCUACGAACACCUUGUUGAAGGAGAAAGUGCCAGUGAAUCCCUUCAUCAGGCCAUGAAGUGGAUGAGAAAAAAGGGCCCUGCCCAAGUGUCUGAGUGGGCUUCGUUUACGCUGAUUGGAGAUGACGUGAGGCUCGAUUUUGACAAGCAGAGGAAAAAAGACCCCGACAGAGUAAGUAAAGAGAAUUACUGA